AUGCAGCAGCCCAACGCGCCCCAAUCCGGUUGGACGACCGCGCCGCUUCAAACAACUAUACCCCUCGGUUCCGACGAGUCCCCUAUAACGUCGCACCAUACGCCCACCCCUCCCUUGGAUCGAUUGGCCCCGAGAAAUGCAUCCUCCCAAACUGUCGGCGACCUACAUAGUCGGGAAUCAUCUGUUUCAGAUCUCAGAGGAAGACCUGUGGAUACCUCGGGUCGAGGUCUCACGACACUUCAACUGCAGUCACGGAGUCGCGGCCAGUCUCAUUCCAAAAGUCCUGAAGCCAAUAUUGGUCGCCCUGAAGGUGUUAUUGAGCGCAAGCCUUCUCUGUCAUCUUACGGUCAUCAUCGCAAAACAUCGAUUGUCCAUGGCAUUCAGCAUUCGCGCAGCCCCAGUUAUACCUCAACCUCCGCUAGUCCUCUAAGUCCGGAAAUCAUCGCGUCUGCAGGCUCAGGUAGCAUGGCCAGUGUAUCGCUGGGGUCGGACUACAUGUUUCCCAACCGCAAUGAGGAUACUGAACCACUUCUGAAGCUCCCCAACGGAAGCAAUGGCUCGGUGCACUCUCCGUCCAGCGGUCUCAGUACGAUUCAAGAUGACGAUGAACACCUGACUGUGGGACAGACCGUGACGAGGAGUAGCAGUACUGUUCACAAGAAGAUGCCGUCAAGUACCAAGCUCCGGCGGGAACAAUCUCACAGUCGCGGACAUUCGAAACAUCACCAAGAGUUGAAAACAGUGGGCGAGUAUGCUCUGCAUCAUCUCUUCAAUUCUUUUGUUGCACACGCGGACAAUAAAAUCAAUCAAAGCAUCGUCAAAGUCGGCGAAGUCGACGCACCGGUUGAGGAGGUUUGCGGAGAAGGUGCAGAUCCGGUCUUUGACCAGCUUAUUUCUGCUUUGGGGCACGUCGCUCGCGCCAAACCAAAACCUCUGAUUGAUACCAUUAUGCUAUGGCGGAGAGCAAAGGGUGAAGCCGCGAAUGCAGCCAAGAAUCCUCAGAAAUAUCAAAACGCUGAAAAUGGACCACUUCUUCGUCGAAACACAGAGCCCGUACAACCCACCAGUUCCGAGCCGGAUCUGGGCUCAGAGAAUGCCCAGCCAGCUUCUAUACCGAAACAGGAUGGUAUUCAACUUCUGGAACGCAGGGCGACUGUUUCGGUAUACCUCGUGUGCAGAGUGUUGAUUGAGAUCUUUAAUCAGAGCACUGUGGAGGCGAUUGGAAAUGAUAUGACGGAGCGUCUUGAAGACAUUGUCUUUGGACAACUCAAAGCGGUCGAUCCGGAACAAAUCGCAGCCUCCCCGCUACGUAUGGCAAAUUGGAGAAUAUAUGGACAGUUACUGGGCAAGAUGAGUGGGAUCAAUUUCACCAGUGUCACAACACGCUUCCUCAACGAGCUUGAACGGUAUCAGAAAGAGGCUGCUAUGCGAGGCCAAUCUCAGGAGCUUGACGCCAAGGCAGAAUUGUUGAUUCUGGGUAUGCGCCAUUUCAGCAUCAAAACCUAUCCCGAAGAAGCAUGGAUCAAGUCGUGUGAAUAUAUGAGAUCAUUAGCCCGCCUAUUUGUCAACGCUCACGGGCAAAGAGUCAAACAAGCCUAUUGCUAUAUUAUUGAAAAAGUUCUGAUCUCGAUUGCAGCCAAUCCUGCAUGCGACGUUGGCCAUCCUCUCUGGAAGGACUUUCUGGAAAUAAUAACUCCACGUCUUGCACAGAUGAUCGCAAAGCCUCGCCAUUGGAUGUCUGUUUUCCCUUUGCAAACAAUCCUGCUUUGUGUCUCUUCAAAGGAUGCUUUCGCUAGCCAAUGGCUUUCUAUAGCACUAAACUUGCCGGCCCGACUCAGAGAUCGACCUACGCGAGGGUUAGCGCUUCAGGCUUUAUGUCGAUUGUUAUGGACGUAUCUUUUCCGAUAUCCCGAUCCCCCUAAUAUCACACUCAAACGAGUGGACGAAGUCAUCAAGGUUGCCCUACCUCCAGGACGGAGGACCUAUCUCACAACAGAGUCGUCUGUAGCCGAUCCUUUGAUCCAACUCAUUCGGAUGAUAGGCUUCAAGCUACCAGACCUAUGUUUCCGUAACAUAAUCUUUCCUCUCAUAAAUUCAGACCUUUUCCUUUCAGGAAGAGAACUGAGAAUAGAACAAAUGGAACCGGAAAAGAUGGUUGUAGGAAUUCGGUCAUUUCUCUCAAUCAUGUCUGAUCUCGAAAAUGGCGAUCAAUUGUACCCGCCUUUCCCAGCUGGUCCUAUUUCUACUCACUUUGUCGAUAUUCCCAACUUCAUACUUCCGCCUCGACCGCAGCUUCUGGCGGACCCAAAACCUCGUACCACUAUUACGGACCCUGCGGCGUUGUCACGCCCAGUUAAUGUUUCAAAACUCAACGACGUAGCGAAGGACUACUACGUACAGUUUUGUGAGAUCCUGGGGAAAAUAACUAUCUUAUGUGACAAUACUUUCGGUGGACAGGCAGCUCUUGAUGAAAAGUUCAGCGGCUCAACUCCCAAGACUCCCAUAUCGGAGGCGUUCAGUUUCGGCCGACGCGAUGACCAUGCGAGUCUUGUCGACCAAAGGCAGAGUUUCUACGAUCUGCUUCAUGUAGCCGUCCAAGUACUUCCCAGAUGUUUGUCUGAUCAUAUACCCUUCAACUCUCUCAUCAAUCUUCUUUGCACAGGAACGGCGCAUGUCCAACCCAACAUAGCGAGAUCUUCGGCAGAGUCUUUGAAAUCCAUAGCACGACAAAUGCAUGCUCAGCAAGUCACCAUUGGGUUUGCGCGAUUCAUUUUCAAUUUUGAUGCAAGGUACUCUACCAUGUCGGAUGAAGGCAUGCUCGGACCCGGCCAUAUUGAAUCUACACUAACACUAUAUGUUGAACUUAUACGAAUUUGGAUCGAAGAGAUCCAGCAAAAGACAAAAGAAAUUGCAACCGACCAGGCAGAGAAUAGUGCUGGCUCCGGUAGUCGGGCUUUGCAACUUGAUCUUUCUAGCGUACUUGCUUAUGUCGAGGAGAUUGAGGCACAUGGCAUUUUCUUUUUGUGCUCUCAGUCUCGUAGGGUCCGUCGCUUUGCCAUCUCUGUGCUUCGAUUAGUUACAGAGUUCGACAGCGCACUGGGCAAAGAAAACACUAGAAUCAUUCGCAUUCUUGAAGCAGACUCGCAUCACAUUAUGGACCUCAAUGAUGAGCACUUGACAAUUGCGGAACGGAGCCGACUGCAGAAAGGCAAGCGAAGGAGUACCUCACAAAAUACACUGAUUGAGCUUUGCAGCAGCGAUGUCUCUUACGACUCUAGCCUUUGGGUCAAGGUCUUUCCAAACAUCAUCCGUGUUAGCUUCGACACGUGUCCGGUUGCAGUCACUCUGGCUCGAGAAAUAGUGUGCGCUAGACUUGUUCAGAUGCACAGGAAUAUCACUGCUCUUGCAGAGAGUCAGCGAGCUCAGCAAUACGCGACUUUUGAUAUGGCACAAGGACGAUCUCUAGGCCGAGGGAGGUCCCCAGCAGAAAUCAUGAUUGAGCAAUGGAAGCUUUAUCUUUUGAUGGCCUGCACAACGCUGAGUAAUGUUGGGGCUCAGUCUCAGAGCCAGCUGGCAAACGCUGAGCACGCCCGCAAAACAUCCAGAGGUAUGCAAACCGCACAAGACAAAAUUGGGUCUGCCCGAGCUCUCUUUGCAUUUGUGAUCCCGUUACUUUGUGCUUCAUUGGAUUCGAUAAGAGAUGCAAUCGUUGCAUCGCUGGGCUCGAUUAACAAGGCUUUAUACCGGACUCUCCUGGAAUCUUUGCAAUAUGCAGUGACGACAUGCAAUGAAGAGGCGAAAUUGCGUAUUGGCACUCACAAUCGCAGCCCAAGCAGCCCUCGUCGCAGUCGGAUGACAGAUCGUUUACGUACUGAAGUCACGCACGUGUAUAAACUUACAUCCACUUUCCUCAGAGAACCAGAGAUAUUCAAUGACGACUGGAUCGUCAAUAAUUUGGUAACUUAUGCAAAGGACUUGCGACUGUUUCUCAGUGAUGCCGAAGUACAGAACGACUGGGAAUUCCAACGCUUGCGUUAUCAUUACUGUGGACUGAUGGAGGAGCUGUUUGAAGGUAUCAAUCGUACUAAAGAACCAUCUCGUUGGAUGCCAUUUGAGUCGCGAAAAUCUGCCUUUUCCUUGAUGGAAGGCUGGUGUGGAUACUCUCCGAGCCAGGCUCAGAUCGCGGCAAGAGAGAAUGAGAUGAGACGAUUCGCGACUCCGCAACACAAUGACCCGGGAGACCUAAGGAAUCCGGCAGCCUUGAUAGAAAUAGAGAAGAAGAACCUUCAAUCUGCGGCACUGAGCGCAAUGUCGUCGUUAUGUGCUGGACCAAUAAGUACGACAACGGAAGGCGGGUCAAUCCUUCAGUUCGAUGUGAGCCGAAUGCUAGUUUGGAUCGGCAGUAUUUUUGAGACUGUUAGCGACAAACUGCAUACCAUCGGUCGACGGGCGUUGAAAAAUCUCAUUGUUCAUAACAAAGAGUAUCCGUUCCUACUUGAACGAAUGAUAGAUUUGUGUUACGGCGUUGACCGGGACAGGCGCCUUACUGAAAAGGCCCUUGAGAGUUAUUUUGAAGUCGUCAAUCAAGUCCUUAUAGAAGAAACCAACUAUGCAGUUGCGUUUUGGAGAAUACUGGCCGUUGUCAUGUACAUGCUGGGCAAUGAAAAAAGGGACAUCCGCAUGAAGGCAGUGAAGCUUAUUCGCAUACUGGAAGAGCGGCAGCAGAAAAAUUCUCGACUUCAGGAUUUUGACAUUAGUCUUUCUGACAAGACCACAGCCGUCUACAAGCUUGCUCAAUUCGAAAUUUCGAAACGACUCGCAUCACAAUAUUCGGAUCUUGGGUUUCUCAUAUUCUCCGAAUUUUCAAGACAUUUCACCCGAACCAUGUCAACUGACGACCAACGGAAUGUUGUGACGGCGAUUUUACCUUGGAUUCAAGCGAUGGAGUUACAAGUUGAUCCCAAUCAACUACCCACCCCGCGAUCAUAUAUGCUUCUCGUCAAUAUGCUUGAGAUCACGAUUCAUCGGAGCAAGCUUCUUCCUAAUGAAGUGCAAGCUCUUUGGCAGUCACUGGCUACCGGGCCCCAUGGAGGUAAUGUGCAAGUUAUUCUUGAUUUUAUCAUCAGUCUCUGUUUGGAACGCAAAGAACAGAACUUCGUCGAAUAUGCCAAGCAGAUCGUGGUUUUCCUGUCGUCUACUCCGGCAGGGUCUAAAGUGAUAGAAUUCUUCUUGCUGCACGUCGCUCCUAAGUACAUGAUACAAGAACGGAAGGAUGAGGUUGAAUCACCGCCAGACAGCCGGGGUUUACCAUAUGUCGCCAGCCUGAAUGACAUUUUGCCGAUUGGUAAUAAACAGGCUGGCCUGUCGAUGGGACAGCUCUCGAUGAUCUUCCUUGUGGACUUGAUCAUAGGCCCAGUUACGUUGGCCGUACAAGACGUUAUAAAGCUUUUACAUGUGGUUCUGAUCCUAUGGGAUCAUUACACUUUCACUGUCCAAGAACAGGCUCGGGAAAUGCUUGUUCACCUCAUUCAUGAGCUCGUCUCUUCCAAGCUUCAAGACGAGGUCUCCACCGAAGCGCGACAUGCCAUUGAACAUUUUGUCGACUCUAUUCGCAAGAGCGACGCCUCAGUUAUCUGGGAGUACGAGGACAACCACGGCAAAAAUGAGGAUGAUGGUACUCGCGUUCCACCUGCUAUGACUUUUGUGACGCGACAGGUUGUGCAGUUCUUAAACCUUGUUCAUGAAGAUAUUAGCGAUCUCUGGUCCAAGGAAGCUCUGAAUUGGGCCACGACCUGCCCUGUUCGCCAUCUAGCUUGCCGUUCUUUCCAGUUGUUCCGAUGUAUCUCGACAUCAUUAGAGCCAAGGAUGCUGGCGGAUAUGCUGGCACGGCUAUCAAAUACAAUAGCCGAUGAAGAGACUGACUAUCAGACGUUCUCUCUGGAGAUACUCACUACUCUAAAAGUGAUUAUCAAGUCGCUGUCACCGGCCGAUCUUAUACAAUAUCCUCAGCUCUUCUGGACUACAUGUGCUUGUUUGAACACUAUACACGAGGCCGAAUUCAAGGAGAGCAUUGGGAUGCUUGAAAAAUUGCUCGAUAAGAUUGAUAUGGGUGAUCCCAGCGUUGUGGCUACACUAAGCGGCGCACAGCCCCCUCGAUGGGAAGGGGCUUUCACUGGUAUUCAGGAUCUGGUGUACAAGGGCUUGAAGUCUUCGGAGUCGUUUAAUGAAACUUUGAGUCUGCUGCACCGACUGACGCCGUUGCCGGAUACUGUACUAGUUGGCGAGAGCAAUCGGUUACUUUUUGCGAUUUUGGCAAAUAUACCACAUUUUCUUCAUCAGUUCGAUGCAGAAACCAAUGAUCCUAAAAUCAUGGAUCGAGCUAAUCUGUUAGGCCAAGUAGCUGACCGACACGGUUUUGAACGACUGGCUGCCUGCCUGGUUGGAUUCGCCAAUGCGCAGUGGAAAAAGGAACAAGACUUCUUGCAGCAUAUUAUUUCAGAGAUCUGCUCGUACUACUUCCCCGCACAAGAGGUACAGAGUUUAGUGUUUGUGAUGGGCUUCUUGACCAAUGCUACUCAAUGGUUCCGAGUCAAGACAUUGAACAUUCUGUGUGUCUUGAUUCCCGAAAUGGACAUGCGACGACCGGAGAUUACUUCUCACGGCCCUGAUCUGAUCUCUCCUCUGCUUCGGCUGCUUCAAACAGAACUGUGCCCUCAAGCACUCGAAGUCAUGGAUCAUAUUAUGACUGUUUCAGGCAAUCCGAUGGAAAAGCACCACCUACGAAUGAGCAUGGCAUCAUCGUCCUCGUCGCGGGCAAUUAGAAAACAAUACGAGCGAAUACAGAGCCUGUAUGGUAUUCCAGAACCUACAGGGUGGUCUAUCCCCGUCCCAGCUGCACAAUCAGCUACAACACGCCACAAUGUCCACGCUGUGUUUUACACGUGCGCCGAAGCUGAUCGCAUGGAAGCGCAAAGAGUGGAAACGCCUGAUGUUGAAUUCAGUACUGAGGAUUACACCGACUCUUACUACCCAUCAUCCCUGCGGACGGAUACCAUGAAAUCCAUCGACACGCAAACCGACGGAAACAUGGGCGAGAUUGUUCAGCGACUGGACAGCUUAGAUGACUUUUUUGACGAAGACGAUUUUGGAUUCCAGACACCAUCCAUGAGUUCGUUCUCGGAGAUGCGUGGCUAUCCGGGCAGCUUUGCGGACACAUCGGCGAGUCUUUACGACCAGCAGACGGCGCCCAUCCUCAGGAAGUCACUUGCCCGAACUCCUUCAACGUCGUCUUUCCAUAACGGUCUUGCUGAGACAUCACGACCACCGACUAGACUCGACGGUGUUUUCCCAAUGACUUCGCCAGCACUUGGUCCACCACCUACCUCUGCUCCAGGCGGCGGGUUACGGCCUGUGAUGCACAGUCGAUCUGUAACGUCACCAACCAAUCACCUCGCCAGCCAUACCCCAACCCUGUCCGCUACUAGCAUGGCAGCUUACCCUAUUAUGGAAACAACCAUUUUUUCCGACAGUGAAGUUGAAGAAAGCUUGUCUGAUAUGGACGAACGCGGCGGCGGCUUGCACCCAUCAUCAUCACGGAAUACGCCGGCAACAAGUCUAUCUCGCAAAGGAUCAGAGGGGACAUCAUCUUUAGAAUCCAUGAUUCGUAGCGGCAUGCGACGUCUCACUGGCGGCACAGCAUCUAGUCGUGAAAAGGAACGACAGCGGGAUUUGAUACGGGCUCAUCAGCGAGCAAUUGCUCAGACAGCGAAUUCUCCGAGGGUACCUAAAGUUCCGGCGGAGUAUCUUACGGGGUCUGUGAGUAGUCCCACGUCUCCUGGUCAGGGAGGUACACCGACGGGAGGAGGAGCUUGAUGAAGAUUAUGUAUGUAGACUAGACUUGUGAUUCCCAUUUCUUUUUU